GCUCUGAGAAGCCCAGCUCAGCGCCGAUAAGCACUCAGACAUCUGGCUCGCCCUCCACCCUGGUGACGAUGACCACGCAAGAGGUCGCUUCUUCCACGCAAACGACAGGCAAGACAGCUGCAACUACAGCUUUUGCCUCCACGGGGUCAACUGCACAGUCCAGCACUGCUUCAGCUGCCACCACAGGGACCACUGGCGUUUCAUCAAGCUCUGAGAAUCCCAGCUCAACACCGAUAAGCACUCAGACAUCUGGCUCGCCCUCCACCCCAGUGACGACAGCCAUGCAAGGCACAGACUCUUCCACUCAGACAACUGGCAAGGAAACUGCAAGUACAGCUUUCGCCUCCACAAGCUCAACUGCACAGGCCAGCACUAGUUCAGUUGCCACCACAGGGACCACUGAUAUUUCAUCUGCAGCAGCCACAACCUCCGCCCAACUCACAGAGACGUCCAAGCCAUCCACAGUCCAACCAAGCACUUCAGCAAGCUCUGAGAAGCCCAGUUCUGCACCAGUAAGCACUGGCUCUCAAACAACUGGCAAGGAAACAACAAGUACUGCUUUCGCCUCCACGGGAUCAACUGCACAGUCCAGCACUGCUUUAGCUGCCACCACGGGGACCACUGGCGUUUCAUCUGCGGCAUCCACAACCUCCGCCCAAGUCACAGAGACGUCCAAGUCAACAACAGUCCAACCAAGCACUUCAGCAAGUUCUGAGGAGCCCAGCUCGGCGCCAGUAAGCACUGGCACUCAAACAACUGGCAAGGAAACAGCAAGUACAGCUUUCGUCUCCACGGGCUCAAGUGCACAGUCCAGCACUGCUUCAGCUGCCACCACGGGGACAACUGGCAUUUCAUCUGCGCCAGCCACAACCUCCGCCCAAGUCACAGAGACGUCCAAGCCAUCCACAGUGCAACCAAGCACUUCAGCAAGCUCUGAGAAGCCCAGCUCAGCGCCGAUAAGCACUCAGACAUCUGGCUCGCCCUCCACCCUGGUGACGAUGACCACGCAAGAGGUCGCUUCUUCCACGCAAACGACAGGCAAGACAGCUGCAACUACAGCUUUUGCCUCCACGGGGUCAACUGCACAGUCCAGCACUGCUUCAGCUGCCACCACAGGGACCACUGGCGUUUCAUCUGCGGCAUCCACAACCUCCGCCCAAGUCACAGAGACGUCCAAGUCAACAACAGUCCAACCAAGCACUUCAGCAAGUUCUGAGGAGCCCAGCUCGGCACCAGUAAGCACUGGCACUCAAACAACUGGCAAGGAAACAGCAAGUACAGCUUUCGUCUCCACGGGCUCAAGUGCACAGUCCAGCACUGCUUCAGCUGCCACCACGGGGACAACUGGCAUUUCAUCUGCGCCAGCCACAACCUCCGCCCAAGUCACAGAGACGUCCAAGCCAUCCACAGUGCAACCAAGCACUUCAGCAAGCUCUGAGAAGCCCAGCUCAGCGCCGAUAAGCACUCAGACAUCUGGCUCGCCCUCCACCCUGGUGACGAUGACCACGCAAGAGGUCGCUUCUUCCACGCAAACGACAGGCAAGACAGCUGCAACUACAGCUUUUGCCUCCACGGGGUCAACUGCACAGUCCAGCACUGCUUCAGCUGCCACCACAGGGACCACUGGCGUUUCAUCAAGCUCUGAGAAUCCCAGCUCAACACCGAUAAGCACUCAGACAUCUGGCUCGCCCUCCACCCCAGUGACGACAGCCAUGCAAGGCACAGACUCUUCCACUCAGACAACUGGCAAGGAAACUGCAAGUACAGCUUUCGCCUCCACAAGCUCAACUGCACAGGCCAGCACUAGUUCAGUUGCCACCACAGGGACCACUGAUAUUUCAUCUGCAGCAGCCACAACCUCCGCCCAACUCACAGAGACGUCCAAGCCAUCCACAGUCCAACCAAGCACUUCAGCAAGCUCUGAGAAGCCCAGUUCUGCACCAGUAAGCACUGGCUCUCAAACAACUGGCAAGGAAACAGCAAGUACUGCUUUCGCCUCCACGGGGUCAACUGCACAGUCCAGCACUGCUUUAGCUGCCACCACGGGGACCACUGGAUUUUCAUCUGCGGCAUCCACAACCUCCGCCCAAGUCACAGAGACGUCCAAGUCAACAACAGUCCAACCAAGCACUUCAGCAAGUUCUGAGGAGCCCAGCUCGGCACCAGUAAGCACUGGCACUCAAACAACUGGCAAGGAAACAGCAAGUACAGCUUUCGUCUCCACGGGCUCAAGUGCACAGUCCAGCACUGCUUCAGCUGCCACCACGGGGACAACUGGCAUUUCAUCUGCGCCAGCCACAACCUCCGCCCAAGUCACAGAGACGUCCAAGCCAUCCACAGUGCAACCAAGCACUUCAGCAAGCUCUGAGAAGCCCAGCUCAGCGCCGAUAAGCACUCAGACAUCUGGCUCGCCCUCCACCCUGGUGACGAUGACCACGCAAGAGGUCGCUUCUUCCACGCAAACGACAGGCAAGACAGCUGCAACUACAGCUUUUGCCUCCACGGGGUCAACUGCACAGUCCAGCACUGCUUCAGCUGCCACCACAGGGACCACUGGCGUUUCAUCAAGCUCUGAGAAUCCCAGCUCAACACCGAUAAGCACUCAGACAUCUGGCUCGCCCUCCACCCCAGUGACGACAGCCAUGCAAGGCACAGACUCUUCCACUCAGACAACUGGCAAGGAAACUGCAAGUACAGCUUUCGCCUCCACAAGCUCAACUGCACAGGCCAGCACUAGUUCAGUUGCCACCACAGGGACCACUGAUAUUUCAUCUGCAGCAGCCACAACCUCCGCCCAACUCACAGAGACGUCCAAGCCAUCCACAGUCCAACCAAGCACUUCAGCAAGCUCUGAGAAGCCCAGUUCUGCACCAGUAAGCACUGGCUCUCAAACAACUGGCAAGGAAACAGCAAGUACUGCUUUCGCCUCCACGGGGUCAACUGCACAGUCCAGCACUGCUUUAGCUGCCACCACGGGGACCACUGGAUUUUCAUCUGCGGCAUCCACAACCUCCGCCCAAGUCACAGAGACGUCCAAGUCAACAACAGUCCAACCAAGCACUUCAGCAAGUUCUGAGGAGCCCAGCUCGGCACCAGUAAGCACUGGCACUCAAACAACUGGCAAGGAAACAGCAAGUACAGCUUUCGUCUCCACGGGCUCAAGUGCACAGUCCAGCACUGCUUCAGCUGCCACCACGGGGACAACUGGCAUUUCAUCUGCGCCAGCCACAACCUCCGCCCAAGUCACAGAGACGUCCAAGCCAUCCACAGUGCAACCAAGCACUUCAGCAAGCUCUGAGAAGCCCAGCUCAGCGCCGAUAAGCACUCAGACAUCUGGCUCGCCCUCCACCCUGGUGACGAUGACCACGCAAGAGGUCGCUUCUUCCACGCAAACGACAGGCAAGACAGCUGCAACUACAGCUUUUACCUCCACGGGGUCAACUGCACAGUCCAGCACUGCUUCAGCUGCCACCACAGGGACCACUGGCGUUUCAUCAAGCUCUGAGAAUCCCAGCUCAACACCGAUAAGCACUCAGACAUCUGGCUCGCCCUCCACCCCAGUGACGACAGCCAUGCAAGGCACAGACUCUUCCACUCAGACAACUGGCAAGGAAACUGCAAGUACAGCUUUCGCCUCCACAAGCUCAACUGCACAGGCCAGCACUAGUUCAGUUGCCACCACAGGGACCACUGAUAUUUCAUCUGCAGCAGCCACAACCUCCGCCCAACUCACAGAGACGUCCAAGCCAUCCACAGUCCAACCAAGCACUUCAGCAAGCUCUGAGAAGCCCAGUUCUGCACCAGUAAGCACUGGCUCUCAAACAACUGGCAAGGAAACAGCAAGUACUGCUUUCGCCUCCACGGGGUCAACUGCACAGUCCAGCACUGCUUUAGCUGCCACCACGGGGACCACUGGAUUUUCAUCUGCGGCAUCCACAACCUCCGCCCAAGUCACAGAGACGUCCAAGUCAACAACAGUCCAACCAAGCACUUCAGCAAGUUCUGAGGAGCCCAGCUCGGCACCAAUAAGCACUGGCACUCAAACAACUGGCAAGGAAACAGCAAGUACAGCUUUCGUCUCCACGGGCUCAAGUGCACAGUCCAGCACUGCUUCAGCUGCCACCACGGGGACAACUGGCAUUUCAUCUGCGCCAGCCACAACCUCCGCCCAAGUCACAGAGACGUCCAAGCCAUCCACAGUGCAACCAAGCACUUCAGCAAGUUCUGAGGAGCCCAGCUCGGCGCCAGUAAGCACUGGCACUCAAACAACUGGCAAGGAAACAGCAAGUACAGCUUUCGUCUCCACGGGCUCAAGUGCACAGUCCAGCACUGCUUCAGCUGCCACCACGGGGACAACUGGAUUUUCAUCUGCGGCAUCCACAACCUCCGCCCAAGUCACAGAGACGUCCAAGUCAACAACAGUCCAACCAAGCACUUCAGCAAGUUCUGAGGAGCCCAGCUCGGCACCAGUAAGCACUGGCACUCAAACAACUGGCAAGGAAACAGCAAGUACAGCUUUCGUCUCCACGGGCUCAAGUGCACAGUCCAGCACUGCUUUAGCUGCCACCACGGGGACAACUGGCAUUUCAUCUGCGCCAGCCACAACCUCCGCCCAAGUCACAGAGACGUCCAAGCCAUCCACAGUGCAACCAAGCACUUCAGCAAGCUCUGAGAAGCCCAGCUCAGCGCCGAUAAGCACUCAGACAUCUGGCUCGCCCUCCACCCUGGUGACGAUGACCACGCAAGAGGUCGCUUCUUCCACGCAAACGACAGGCAAGACAGCUGCAACUACAGCUUUUGCCUCCACGGGGUCAACUGCACAGUCCAGCACUGCUUCAGCUGCCACCACAGGGACCACUGGCGUUUCAUCAAGCUCUGAGAAUCCCAGCUCAACACCGAUAAGCACUCAGACAUCUGGCUCGCCCUCCACCCCAGUGACGACAGCCAUGCAAGGCACAGACUCUUCCACUCAGACAACUGGCAAGGAAACUGCAAGUACAGCUUUCGCCUCCACAAGCUCAACUGCACAGGCCAGCACUAGUUCAGUUGCCACCACAGGGACCACUGAUAUUUCAUCUGCAGCAGCCACAACCUCCGCCCAACUCACAGAGACGUCCAAGCCAUCCACAGUCCAACCAAGCACUUCAGCAAGCUCUGAGAAGCCCAGUUCUGCACCAGUAAGCACUGGCUCUCAAACAACUGGCAAGGAAACAGCAAGUACUGCUUUCGCCUCCACGGGGUCAACUGCACAGUCCAGCACUGCUUUAGCUGCCACCACGGGGACCACUGGAUUUUCAUCUGCGGCAUCCACAACCUCCGCCCAAGUCACAGAGACGUCCAAGUCAACAACAGUCCAACCAAGCACUUCAGCAAGUUCUGAGGAGCCCAGCUCGGCACCAGUAAGCACUGGCACUCAAACAACUGGCAAGGAAACAGCAAGUACAGCUUUCGUCUCCACGGGCUCAAGUGCACAGUCCAGCACUGCUUCAGCUGCCACCAUGGGGACAACUGGCAUUUCAUCUGCGCCAGCCACAACCUCCGCCCAAGUCACAGAGACGUCCAAGCCAUCCACAGUGCAACCAAGCACUUCAGCAAGCUCUGAGAAGCCCAGCUCAGCGCCGAUAAGCACUCAGACAUCUGGCUCGCCCUCCACCCUGGUGACGAUGACCACGCAAGAGGUCGCUUCUUCCACGCAAACGACAGGCAAGACAGCUGCAACUACAGCUUUUGCCUCCACGGGGUCAACUGCACAGUCCAGCACUGCUUCAGCUGCCACCACAGGGACCACUGGCGUUUCAUCAAGCUCUGAGAAUCCCAGCUCAACACCGAUAAGCACUCAGACAUCUGGCUCGCCCUCCACCCCAGUGACGACAGCCAUGCAAGGCACAGACUCUUCCACUCAGACAACUGGCAAGGAAACUGCAAGUACAGCUUUCGCCUCCACAAGCUCAACUGCACAGGCCAGCACUAGUUCAGUUGCCACCACAGGGACCACUGAUAUUUCAUCUGCAGCAGCCACAACCUCCGCCCAACUCACAGAGACGUCCAAGCCAUCCACAGUCCAACCAAGCACUUCAGCAAGCUCUGAGAAGCCCAGUUCUGCACCAGUAAGCACUGGCUCUCAAACAACUGGCAAGGAAACAGCAAGUACUGCUUUCGCCUCCACGGGGUCAACUGCACAGUCCAGCACUGCUUUAGCUGCCACCACGGGGACCACUGGAUUUUCAUCUGCGGCAUCCACAACCUCCGCCCAAGUCACAGAGACGUCCAAGUCAACAACAGUCCAACCAAGCACUUCAGCAAGUUCUGAGGAGCCCAGCUCGGCACCAGUAAGCACUGGCACUCAAACAACUGGCAAGGAAACAGCAAGUACAGCUUUCGUCUCCACGGGCUCAAGUGCACAGUCCAGCACUGCUUCAGCUGCCACCACGGGGACAACUGGCAUUUCAUCUGCGCCAGCCACAACCUCCGCCCAAGUCACAGAGACGUCCAAGCCAUCCACAGUGCAACCAAGCACUUCAGCAAGCUCUGAGAAGCCCAGCUCAGCGCCGAUAAGCACUCAGACAUCUGGCUCGCCCUCCACCCUGGUGACGAUGACCACGCAAGAGGUCGCUUCUUCCACGCAAACGACAGGCAAGACAGCUGCAACUACAGCUUUUGCCUCCACGGGGUCAACUGCACAGUCCAGCACUGCUUCAGCUGCCACCACAGGGACCACUGGCGUUUCAUCAAGCUCUGAGAAUCCCAGCUCAACACCGAUAAGCACUCAGACAUCUGGCUCGCCCUCCACCCCAGUGACGACAGCCAUGCAAGGCACAGACUCUUCCACUCAGACAACUGGCAAGGAAACUGCAAGUACAGCUUUCGCCUCCACAAGCUCAACUGCACAGGCCAGCACUAGUUCAGUUGCCACCACAGGGACCACUGAUAUUUCAUCUGCAGCAGCCACAACCUCCGCCCAACUCACAGAGACGUCCAAGCCAUCCACAGUCCAACCAAGCACUUCAGCAAGCUCUGAGAAGCCCAGUUCUGCACCAGUAAGCACUGGCUCUCAAACAACUGGCAAGGAAACAGCAAGUACUGCUUUCGCCUCCACGGGGUCAACUGCACAUUCCAGCACUGCUUUAGCUGCCACCACGGGGACCACUGGCGUUUCAUCUGCGGCAUCCACAACCUCCGCCCAAGUCACAGAGACGUCCAAGUCAACAACAGUCCAACCAAGCACUUCAGCAAGUUCUGAGGAGCCCAGCUCGGCGCCAGUAAGCACUGGCACUCAAACAACUGGCAAGGAAACAGCAAGUACAGCUUUCGUCUCCACGGGCUCAAGUGCACAGUCCAGCACUGCUUCAGCUGCCACCACGGGGACAACUGGCAUUUCAUCUGCGCCAGCCACAACCUCCGCCCAAGUCACAGAGACGUCCAAGCCAUCCACAGUGCAACCAAGCACUUCAGCAAGCUCUGAGAAGCCCAGCUCAGCGCCGAUAAGCACUCAGACAUCUGGCUCGCCCUCCACCCUGGUGACGAUGACCACGCAAGAGGUCGCUUCUUCCACGCAAACGACAGGCAAGACAGCUGCAACUACAGCUUUUGCCACCACGGGGUCAACUGCACAGUCCAGCACUGCUUCAGCUGCCACCACAGGGACCACUGGCGUUUCAUCAAGCUCUGAGAAUCCCAGCUCAACACCGAUAAGCACUCAGACAUCUGGCUCGCCCUCCACCCCAGUGACAACAGCCAUGCAAGGCACAGACUCUUCCACUCAGACAACUGGCAAGGAAACUGCAAGUACAGCUUUCGCCUCCACAAGCUCAACUGCACAGGCCAGCACUAGUUCAGUUGCCACCACAGGGACCACUGAUAUUUCAUCUGCAGCAGCCACAACCUCCGCCCAACUCACAGAGACGUCCAAGUCAACAACAGUCCAACCAAGCACUUCAGCAAGUUCAGCUUUUACCUCGACGGGGUCAACUGCACAGUCCAGCACUACUUCAGCUGCCACCACGGGGACCACUGGCGUUUCAUCUGCGGCAUCCACAACCUCCGCCCAAGUCACAGAGACGUCCAAGCCAUCCACAGUCCAACCAAGCACUUCAGCAAGCUCUGAGAAGCCCAGUUCUGCACCAGUAAGCACUGGCUCUCAAACAACUGGCAAGGAAACAACAAGUACUGCUUUCGCCUCCACGGGAUCAACUGCACAGUCCAGCACUGCUUUAGCUGCCACCACGGGGACCACUGGCGUUUCAUCUGCGGCAUCCACAACCUCCGCCCAAGUCACAGAGACGUCCAAGCCAUCCACAGUGCAACCAAGCACUUCAGCAAGCUCUGAGAAGCCCAGCUCAGCGCCGAUAAGCACUCAGACAUCUGGCUCGCCCUCCACCCUGGUGACGAUGACCACGCAAGAGGUCGCUUCUUCCACGCAAACGACAGGCAAGACAGCUGCAACUACAGCUUUUGCCUCCACGGGGUCAACUGCACAGUCCAGCACUGCUUCAGCUGCCACCACAGGGACCACUGGCGUUUCAUCAAGCUCUGAGAAUCCCAGCUCAACACCGAUAAGCACUCAGACAUCUGGCUCGCCCUCCACCCCAGUGACGACAGCCAUGCAAGGCACAGACUCUUCCACUCAGACAACUGGCAAGGAAACUGCAAGUACAGCUUUCGCCUCCACAAGCUCAACUGCACAGGCCAGCACUAGUUCAGUUGCCACCACAGGGACCACUGAUAUUUCAUCUGCAGCAGCCACAACCUCCGCCCAACUCACAGAGACGUCCAAGUCAACAACAGUCCAACCAAGCACUUCAGCAAGUUCAGCUUUUACCUCGACGGGGUCAACUGCACAGUCCAGCACUACUUCAGCUGCCACCACGGGGACCACUGGCGUUUCAUCUGCGGCAUCCACAACCUCCGCCCAAGUCACAGAGACGUCCAAGCCAUCCACAGUCCAACCAAGCACUUCAGCAAGCUCUGAGAAGCCCAGUUCUGCACCAGUAAGCACUGGCUCUCAAACAACUGGCAAGGAAACAACAAGUACUGCUUUCGCCUCCACGGGAUCAACUGCACAGUCCAGCACUGCUUUAGCUGCCACCACGGGGACCACUGGCGUUUCAUCUGCGGCAUCCACAACCUCCGCCCAAGUCACAGAGACGUCCAAGUCAACAACAGUCCAACCAAGCACUUCAGCAAGUUCUGAGGAGCCCAGCUCGGCGCCAGUAAGCACUGGCACUCAAACAACUGGCAAGGAAACAGCAAGUACAGCUUUCGUCUCCACGGGCUCAAGUGCACAGUCCAGCACUGCUUCAGCUGCCACCACGGGGACAACUGGCAUUUCAUCUGCGCCAGCCACAACCUCCGCCCAAGUCACAGAGACGUCCAAGCCAUCCACAGUGCAACCAAGCACUUCAGCAAGCUCUGAGAAGCCCAGCUCAGCGCCGAUAAGCACUCAGACAUCUGGCUCGCCCUCCACCCUGGUGACGAUGACCACGCAAGAGGUCGCUUCUUCCACGCAAACGACAGGCAAGACAGCUGCAACUACAGCUUUUGCCUCCACGGGGUCAACUGCACAGUCCAGCACUGCUUCAGCUGCCACCACAGGGACCACUGGCGUUUCAUCAAGCUCUGAGAAUCCCAGCUCAACACCGAUAAGCACUCAGACAUCUGGCUCGCCCUCCACCCCAGUGACGACAGCCAUGCAAGGCACAGACUCUUCCACUCAGACAACUGGCAAGGAAACUGCAAGUACAGCUUUCGCCUCCACAAGCUCAACUGCACAGGCCAGCACUAGUUCAGUUGCCACCACAGGGACCACUGAUAUUUCAUCUGCAGCAGCCACAACCUCCGCCCAACUCACAGAGACGUCCAAGCCAUCCACAGUGCAACCAAGCACUUCAGCAAGCUCUGAGAAGCCCAGCUCAGCGCCGAUAAGCACUCAGACAUCUGGCUCGCCCUCCACCCUGGUGACGAUGACCACGCAAGAGGUCGCUUCUUCCACGCAAACGACAGGCAAGACAGCUGCAACUACAGCUUUUGCCUCCACGGGGUCAACUGCACAGUCCAGCACUGCUUCAGCUGCCACCACAGGGACCACUGGCGUUUCAUCAAGCUCUGAGAAUCCCAGCUCAACACCGAUAAGCACUCAGACAUCUGGCUCGCCCUCCACCCCAGUGACGACAGCCAUGCAAGGCACAGACUCUUCCACUCAGACAACUGGCAAGGAAACUGCAAGUACAGCUUUCGCCUCCACAAGCUCAACUGCACAGGCCAGCACUAGUUCAGUUGCCACCACAGGGACCACUGAUAUUUCAUCUGCAGCAGCCACAACCUCCGCCCAACUCACAGAGACGUCCAAGCCAUCCACAGUCCAACCAAGCACUUCAGCAAGCUCUGAGAAGCCCAGUUCUGCACCAGUAAGCACUGGCUCUCAAACAACUGGCAAGGAAACAGCAAGUACUGCUUUCGCCUCCACGGGGUCAACUGCACAGUCCAGCACUGCUUUAGCUGCCACCACGGGGACCACUGGAUUUUCAUCUGCGGCAUCCACAACCUCCGCCCAAGUCACAGAGACGUCCAAGUCAACAACAGUCCAACCAAGCACUUCAGCAAGUUCUGAGGAGCCCAGCUCGGCACCAGUAAGCACUGGCACUCAAACAACUGGCAAGGAAACAGCAAGUACAGCUUUCGUCUCCACGGGCUCAAGUGCACAGUCCAGCACUGCUUCAGCUGCCACCACGGGGACAACUGGCAUUUCAUCUGCGCCAGCCACAACCUCCGCCCAAGUCACAGAGACGUCCAAGCCAUCCACAGUGCAACCAAGCACUUCAGCAAGCUCUGAGAAGCCCAGCUCAGCGCCGAUAAGCACUCAGACAUCUGGCUCGCCCUCCACCCUGGUGACGAUGACCACGCAAGAGGUCGCUUCUUCCACGCAAACGACAGGCAAGACAGCUGCAACUACAGCUUUUGCCUCCACGGGGUCAACUGCACAGUCCAGCACUGCUUCAGCUGCCACCACAGGGACCACUGGCGUUUCAUCAAGCUCUGAGAAUCCCAGCUCAACACCGAUAAGCACUCAGACAUCUGGCUCGCCCUCCACCCCAGUGACGACAGCCAUGCAAGGCACAGACUCUUCCACUCAGACAACUGGCAAGGAAACUGCAAGUACAGCUUUCGCCUCCACAAGCUCAACUGCACAGGCCAGCACUAGUUCAGUUGCCACCACAGGGACCACUGAUAUUUCAUCUGCAGCAGCCACAACCUCCGCCCAACUCACAGAGACGUCCAAGUCAACAACAGUCCAACCAAGCACUUCAGCAAGUUCAGCUUUUACCUCGACGGGGUCAACUGCACAGUCCAGCACUACUUCAGCUGCCACCACGGGGACCACUGGCGUUUCAUCUGCGGCAUCCACAACCUCCGCCCAAGUCACAGAGACGUCCAAGCCAUCCACAGUCCAACCAAGCACUUCAGCAAGCUCUGAGAAGCCCAGUUCUGCACCAGUAAGCACUGGCUCUCAAACAACUGGCAAGGAAACAACAAGUACUGCUUUCGCCUCCACGGGAUCAACUGCACAGUCCAGCACUGCUUUAGCUGCCACCACGGGGACCACUGGCGUUUCAUCUGCGGCAUCCACAACCUCCGCCCAAGUCACAGAGACGUCCAAGUCAACAACAGUCCAACCAAGCACUUCAGCAAGUUCUGAGGAGCCCAGCUCGGCGCCAGUAAGCACUGGCACUCAAACAACUGGCAAGGAAACAGCAAGUACAGCUUUCGUCUCCACGGGCUCAAGUGCACAGUCCAGCACUGCUUCAGCUGCCACCACGGGGACAACUGGCAUUUCAUCUGCGCCAGCCACAACCUCCGCCCAAGUCACAGAGACGUCCAAGCCAUCCACAGUGCAACCAAGCACUUCAGCAAGCUCUGAGAAGCCCAGCUCAGCGCCGAUAAGCACUCAGACAUCUGGCUCGCCCUCCACCCUGGUGACGAUGACCACGCAAGAGGUCGCUUCUUCCACGCAAACGACAGGCAAGACAGCUGCAACUACAGCUUUUGCCUCCACGGGGUCAACUGCACAGUCCAGCACUGCUUCAGCUGCCACCACAGGGACCACUGGCGUUUCAUCAAGCUCUGAGAAUCCCAGCUCAACACCGAUAAGCACUCAGACAUCUGGCUCGCCCUCCACCCCAGUGACGACAGCCAUGCAAGGCACAGACUCUUCCACUCAGACAACUGGCAAGGAAACUGCAAGUACAGCUUUCGCCUCCACAAGCUCAACUGCACAGGCCAGCACUAGUUCAGUUGCCACCACAGGGACCACUGAUAUUUCAUCUGCAGCAGCCACAACCUCCGCCCAACUCACAGAGACGUCCAAGCCAUCCACAGUCCAACCAAGCACUUCAGCAAGCUCUGAGAAGCCCAGUUCUGCACCAGUAAGCACUGGCUCUCAAACAACUGGCAAGGAAACAGCAAGUACUGCUUUCGCCUCCACGGGGUCAACUGCACAGUCCAGCACUGCUUUAGCUGCCACCACGGGGACCACUGGAUUUUCAUCUGCGGCAUCCACAACCUCCGCCCAAGUCACAGAGACGUCCAAGUCAACAACAGUCCAACCAAGCACUUCAGCAAGUUCUGAGGAGCCCAGCUCGGCACCAGUAAGCACUGGCACUCAAACAACUGGCAAGGAAACAGCAAGUACAGCUUUCGUCUCCACGGGCUCAAGUGCACAGUCCAGCACUGCUUCAGCUGCCACCACGGGGACAACUGGCAUUUCAUCUGCGCCAGCCACAACCUCCGCCCAAGUCACAGAGACGUCCAAGCCAUCCACAGUGCAACCAAGCACUUCAGCAAGCUCUGAGAAGCCCAGCUCAGCGCCGAUAAGCACUCAGACAUCUGGCUCGCCCUCCACCCUGGUGACGAUGACCACGCAAGAGGUCGCUUCUUCCACGCAAACGACAGGCAAGACAGCUGCAACUACAGCUUUUGCCUCCACGGGGUCAACUGCACAGUCCAGCACUGCUUCAGCUGCCACCACAGGGACCACUGGCGUUUCAUCAAGCUCUGAGAAUCCCAGCUCAACACCGAUAAGCACUCAGACAUCUGGCUCGCCCUCCACCCCAGUGACGACAGCCAUGCAAGGCACAGACUCUUCCACUCAGACAACUGGCAAGGAAACUGCAAGUACAGCUUUCGCCUCCACAAGCUCAACUGCACAGGCCAGCACUAGUUCAGUUGCCACCACAGGGACCACUGAUAUUUCAUCUGCAGCAGCCACAACCUCCGCCCAACUCACAGAGACGUCCAAGCCAUCCACAGUCCAACCAAGCACUUCAGCAAGCUCUGAGAAGCCCAGUUCUGCACCAGUAAGCACUGGCUCUCAAACAACUGGCAAGGAAACAGCAAGUACUGCUUUCGCCUCCACGGGGUCAACUGCACAGUCCAGCACUGCUUUAGCUGCCACCACGGGGACCACUGGAUUUUCAUCUGCGGCAUCCACAACCUCCGCCCAAGUCACAGAGACGUCCAAGUCAACAACAGUCCAACCAAGCACUUCAGCAAGUUCUGAGGAGCCCAGCUCGGCACCAGUAAGCACUGGCACUCAAACAACUGGCAAGGAAACAGCAAGUACAGCUUUCGUCUCCACGGGCUCAAGUGCACAGUCCAGCACUGCUUCAGCUGCCACCACGGGGACAACUGGCAUUUCAUCUGCGCCAGCCACAACCUCCGCCCAAGUCACAGAGACGUCCAAGCCAUCCACAGUGCAACCAAGCACUUCAGCAAGCUCUGAGAAGCCCAGCUCAGCGCCGAUAAGCACUCAGACAUCUGGCUCGCCCUCCACCCUGGUGACGAUGACCACGCAAGAGGUCGCUUCUUCCACGCAAACGACAGGCAAGACAGCUGCAACUACAGCUUUUGCCUCCACGGGGUCAACUGCACAGUCCAGCACUGCUUCAGCUGCCACCACAGGGACCACUGGCGUUUCAUCAAGCUCUGAGAAUCCCAGCUCAACACCGAUAAGCACUCAGACAUCUGGCUCGCCCUCCACCCCAGUGACGACAGCCAUGCAAGGCACAGACUCUUCCACUCAGACAACUGGCAAGGAAACUGCAAGUACAGCUUUCGCCUCCACAAGCUCAACUGCACAGGCCAGCACUAGUUCAGUUGCCACCACAGGGACCACUGAUAUUUCAUCUGCAGCAGCCACAACCUCCGCCCAACUCACAGAGACGUCCAAGUCAACAACAGUCCAACCAAGCACUUCAGCAAGUUCAGCUUUUACCUCGACGGGGUCAACUGCACAGUCCAGCACUACUUCAGCUGCCACCACGGGGACCACUGGCGUUUCAUCUGCGGCAUCCACAACCUCCGCCCAAGUCACAGAGACGUCCAAGCCAUCCACAGUCCAACCAAGCACUUCAGCAAGCUCUGAGAAGCCCAGUUCUGCACCAGUAAGCACUGGCUCUCAAACAACUGGCAAGGAAACAACAAGUACUGCUUUCGCCUCCACGGGAUCAACUGCACAUUCCAGCACUGCUUUAGCUGCCACCACGGGGACCACUGGCGUUUCAUCUGCGGCAUCCACAACCUCCGCCCAAGUCACAGAGACGUCCAAGUCAACAACAGUCCAACCAAGCACUUCAGCAAGUUCUGAGGAGCCCAGCUCGGCGCCAGUAAGCACUGGCACUCAAACAACUGGCAAGGAAACAGCAAGUACAGCUUUCGUCUCCACGGGCUCAAGUGCACAGUCCAGCACUGCUUCAGCUGCCACCACGGGGACAACUGGCAUUUCAUCUGCGCCAGCCACAACCUCCGCCCAAGUCACAGAGACGUCCAAGCCAUCCACAGUGCAACCAAGCACUUCAGCAAGCUCUGAGAAGCCCAGCUCAGCGCCGAUAAGCACUCAGACAUCUGGCUCGCCCUCCACCCUGGUGACGAUGACCACGCAAGAGGUCGCUUCUUCCACGCAAACGACAGGCAAGACAGCUGCAACUACAGCUUUUGCCUCCACGGGGUCAACUGCACAGUCCAGCACUGCUUCAGCUGCCACCACAGGGACCACUGGCGUUUCAUCAAGCUCUGAGAAUCCCAGCUCAACACCGAUAAGCACUCAGACAUCUGGCUCGCCCUCCACCCCAGUGACAACAGCCAUGCAAGGCACAGACUCUUCCACUCAGACAACUGGCAAGGAAACUGCAAGUACAGCUUUCGCCUCCACAAGCUCAACUGCACAGGCCAGCACUAGUUCAGUUGCCACCACAGGGACCACUGAUAUUUCAUCUGCAGCAGCCACAACCUCCGCCCAACUCACAGAGACGUCCAAGUCAACAACAGUCCAACCAAGCACUUCAGCAAGUUCAGCUUUUACCUCGACGGGGUCAACUGCACAGUCCAGCACUACUUCAGCUGCCACCACGGGGACCACUGGCGUUUCAUCUGCGGCAUCCACAACCUCCGCCCAAGUCACAGAGACGUCCAAGCCAUCCACAGUCCAACCAAGCACUUCAGCAAGCUCUGAGAAGCCCAGUUCUGCACCAGUAAGCACUGGCUCUCAAACAACUGGCAAGGAAACAACAAGUACUGCUUUCGCCUCCACGGGAUCAACUGCACAGUCCAGCACUGCUUUAGCUGCCACCACGGGGACCACUGGCGUUUCAUCUGCGGCAUCCACAACCUCCGCCCAAGUCACAGAGACGUCCAAGUCAACAACAGUCCAACCAAGCACUUCAGCAAGUUCUGAGGAGCCCAGCUCGGCGCCAGUAAGCACUGGCACUCAAACAACUGGCAAGGAAACAGCAAGUACAGCUUUCGUCUCCACGGGCUCAAGUGCACAGUCCAGCACUGCUUCAGCUGCCACCACGGGGACAACUGGCAUUUCAUCUGCGCCAGCCACAACCUCCGCCCAAGUCACAGAGACGUCCAAGCCAUCCACAGUGCAACCAAGCACUUCAGCAAGCUCUGAGAAGCCCAGCUCAGCGCCGAUAAGCACUCAGACAUCUGGCUCGCCCUCCACCCUGGUGACGAUGACCACGCAAGAGGUCGCUUCUUCCACGCAAACGACAGGCAAGACAGCUGCAACUACAGCUUUUGCCUCCACGGGGUCAACUGCACAGUCCAGCACUGCUUCAGCUGCCACCACAGGGACCACUGGCGUUUCAUCAAGCUCUGAGAAUCCCAGCUCAACACCGAUAAGCACUCAGACAUCUGGCUCGCCCUCCACCCCAGUGACAACAGCCAUGCAAGGCACAGACUCUUCCACUCAGACAACUGGCAAGGAAACUGCAAGUACAGCUUUCGCCUCCACAAGCUCAACUGCACAGGCCAGCACUAGUUCAGUUGCCACCACAGGGACCACUGAUAUUUCAUCUGCAGCAGCCACAACCUCCGCCCAACUCACAGAGACGUCCAAGUCAACAACAGUCCAACCAAGCACUUCAGCAAGUUCAGCUUUUACCUCGACGGGGUCAACUGCACAGUCCAGCACUACUUCAGCUGCCACCACGGGGACCACUGGCGUUUCAUCUGCGGCAUCCACAACCUCCGCCCAAGUCACAGAGACGUCCAAGCCAUCCACAGUCCAACCAAGCACUUCAGCAAGCUCUGAGAAGCCCAGUUCUGCACCAGUAAGCACUGGCUCUCAAACAACUGGCAAGGAAACAACAAGUACUGCUUUCGCCUCCACGGGAUCAACUGCACAGUCCAGCACUGCUUUAGCUGCCACCACGGGGACCACUGGCGUUUCAUCUGCAGCAGCCACAACCUCCGCCGAAGUCACAGAGAUGUCCAAGUCAACAACAGUCCAACUAAGCACUUCAGCAAGUUCUGAGGAGCCCAGCUCGGCGCCCGUAAGCACUCAGACCUCUGGCUCACCCUCCACCCCGUUGACGACUGUCACUCAAGAGACCACGGGAACCACCGAUGUUUCAUCUGUAGCAGCAACAACCUCAGCCCAAGUCACAGAGACGUCUAAGCCAACAACAGUCCAACAAAGUACUUCAGCAAGCUCUGAGGAGCCCAGUUCGGCACCGGUCAGCGCUCCACAGGCCGGCACUGCUUCGGCUGGCACCACAGGGACUACUGGUGUUUCAUCUGCCGCAGCGAUGACUACAGCCCAAGUCACAGAGACGUCUAAGCCAACAACAGUCCAACCAAGCACUUCAGCAAGCUCUGAGAAGCCCAGCUCAGCGCCAGUUAGCACUCAGACUUCUGUCUCACCCUCGACCCUUGUGACGACGACCACGCAAGAGACCACUUCUUCGACGCAGACGACAGGCAAGACAACUGCAAGUACAGCUUUCGCCUCGACAGGGCCAAUUCCACAGGUCAGCACUACUUCAGCUGAAACCACGGGGACCACAGGCAUUUCAUCUGCAGCAGCCACGACCUCAGCCCAAGUCACAGAGAUGUCCAAGUCAACAACAGUCCAACCAAGCACUUCAGCAGGCUCUGAGGAGCCCAGCUCGGCGCCAGUAAGCACUCAGACAUCUGGCUCGCCCUCCACCGUGAUGACUACUGCCACGCAUGAGACCAUGGGGACCACUGGCAUUACAUCUGCAGCAGUCACGACGUCAGCCCAAGUCUCAGAGACGUCCAAGCUAACAACAGUCCAACGAAGCACUUCAGCAAGCUCUGAGGAGCCCAGUUCGGCGCCGGUAAGCACUCAAACCUCUGGCUCGCCCUCCACCCCAGUGACAAUGUCCACGCAAGGCACUGCCUCUUCCACGCAGACGACUGGCAAACUAACUGCAAGUACAGCUUUCGCCUCCACGGGGCCAACUCCACAGGCAAGCACUGCUUCAGCUGCCACCAUGGUGACCACCGGCGUUUCAUUAGCGCCAGCCACGACUGAAGUCACAGAGACAGGACGCACGUCACCUCACUCAGCGAGCACAACUAAGGGGCCUAUUUCCACACCAAUUGUUUCUCAGUCUACAUCUUCAACAUCUCUCACUUCUACAACCUUUCCUCUUCCUGUCAGUAGCUCGACUACUAAAACUUUGAUUACAUCAACCCAAUACUUUACAUCGCCACAAUCUCAUCACUCAAGUCCCUCAUCUGAUGUUCCCACAUCCACAAGUUUCACAUCACAGACACAUCCAACCACACAAUUCUCAGAACCCACUAGUUCAAGUCAGUCACAGACUUCAUCCACCAGAGUCACAAGUGCCAUACCGACCGUCUCAGAAACGUCACCUGGAAUCAUUAGCACUUCCAAAGUCCCUCUUCACACAUCCACUUCAGUGCAGUUCUCCACAUCAUCUUUUCAUCCAACAUCUUCUGAUGCUACAACUACUUUGGUAACCUCUGGACAGUCCCACACCCAGUUCCCAACAGUCACCACUCAAAGUACUCCACCACCACAAAAUUCAUCUGUCACCUCAACCUCACACUUAACAACAACACCUGUGUGUCCAGAGGAGGAAUGUCAGUGUAAUGGCGCACCGUGUUCUUUCAAUGCUACGUUAGGAAAAUGUCAGUGUGACUGCAAUGAAGAUCUCACCUUUGGGAGCUCUUGUCAGUAUGGUUUCAAUGAAACCAAUGUGAUAUUAGAUAAUAAUGGAAUUCCACCAAGGAAAGCAAAUUUUUCACUGAGAAUUAUAAGGGAUUUCAAUUUGACAACCUCAGAUAAAGCAGCUCUUAUUGAGAUUCUGGAAGAAGAGCUCACACCUCUUUUCCGACAAGCUGAUCCUCUGAGUUUCCAGGACUUCAGAAUAUUCAGAUUAAGGCAAGGAAGUAUUAUUGCAGAUGGUGUUGCACGAUACAGGUAUCACAACAAUGAAUCACAAAUAAACUUCCUUAAUGAACAGUUGGGAUCAAAAUUAGAAAGUGUUGUAACUCAACAAGGUGCUUUCAAAAACCUGAGUGAAGCUCUUGGAAAUGUUGCCAUUGAAGAUCCAACACUCACAAUGGCAGAUACUGAUAUAAAGAACCUUAUGGAUCUGAGGCCAUACAUUUCCUGCCACAUAGAAUUUAGUAACUACUCAAUUGAGAUUUCCGAAGGAGGCUGGAAAUGUGUAGGAUCUUGUUUUGCAAAUCCCGGCUACUGUAAUCAACAUGGAGAGUGCUUCAAUAAAAAGAGUGGGCCAGUUUGCCAGUGUUUUGAGUCCUUCCUUGAGUCAUACUAUGGGCCGCAGUGUGAUCUAUUUCGCCGGGGAGUAGGAUUCUAUGCCAUACUCUUUGGAUGUCUGUCAGCAGGCCUACUCUUGCUCAUAGUCAUUGUAAUUGUCAUUGUGGUUCUACGUAGAGGCCAUGGCAGAUCAUGGUUUGCAGACAAGAGGCUCACAAGUUUUGAAACCUUUGACGAUGACGUGUUCAACUAUUCAAAUAGAGGACAUUAUAGAAAUUUUCUGGUUCGACUUCCAGGUAGACAAGAUGGAGUGUACAGUAUUGAAAACGACGUGUCUGUGUCAGAUGAAAUAAGCCGUGGAGUAUUUCGGCCGCGCUUAGAUCUGGUUGACACAACACUCGAUAUGAGGAUAAACCGUCCAGACAUGAGGGACAUGAAGAACUUCAACCUAAAGCAUUGAUGCCAAAGACACCUCUAUGUAACCUCAACAUUAUAUAUAUAUUUAUUACCAACAUUAUAUAUAUAUUUAUUAUAGCCAUAAUUAUUCUGGUCUAAGGUAACUACUAAUACACAGCACAUAUUUAUAUUUACUCUAAACAACCUUCUGUAAACCAACUGUACUGUCUACGCUGCACUAUAUUUCUUGUCCUGUUUAUGCACCUGUCUACUUUUUUGCACUACUGGUUAGAUUAAAACUGCAUUUCUUUGUUAUUGUACUUGUACUCUGCACAAUGACAAUAAAGUUGAGUCUAAUCUAA